CUCUUGGACACUUCUUGGCGCGCAAUUGCUUCUCGGUAGGAUGGAGGCAGAAGCGAGCUAUGAUUUUGUCGCGAAUGCCGAAGAUGAGCUGGGAUUUAAGAAAGGAAGUCUGCUAAAGAUACUAUGCGUAGAAGAUGAUCCGAAUUGGUACCUAGCCGAACAAGAAGGAAGAACAGGUCUUAUUCCGUGUAAUUAUAUCACAAUGCGUCCACAUCCUUGGUAUGUUCGACACUGUAGUCGUAUGGAGGCUGAAGAAAGGCUUCAAGAAAUUGAUCAAGAGACAUCACAGCAUUUGCAACCGGAUGGGGCUUUUAUAUUGCGCCAAAGUGAAGCAGAUGGCAAAGGAUUCAGUCUAUCGGUCAAGCAAGGUUGUGAAGUACUCCAUUUUAAGGUACUUCAAGAUGAAGCUGGAAAGUAUUUUUUCUGGUUGUCUAAAUUUGACUCUAUCAAUCAGUUAAUUGAUCAUCAUCGAAAGACAAGUAUAUCACGUAAUCGUCUGCUAACCUUAGUCGAUCUUGUCCCAUCCAAACGUUUCCCUACAAAUGUUCGAAAAUUCCAAUUAGAUCGUGUUAUAGCUAGGUUCGAUUUCAUUGCAAAGGAUGUCGGUGAAUUAUCCUUACAUCGUGGUGAUGUAAUCGAAGUAAUUAGUCGUGAUGAUGAAAAUUGGUGGCGUGGUCGUACAUCUGAUGGACGAUCCGGUUUAUUUCCUUCAAAUUAUGUAGACGAUCUGCCUUCAGUUAUAUAAAUAUUAUUUAUCAAGAGAAUAAAACACUUAAUAACACAAA